AUGGGGGUUACAGGUGGUCAUCAUCGUCGGCGGAGCUCAAUGCUCACGGGCGCGGCAAGAUCCUCACAUGCGGCUUCCUCGGAUCGGAGGGAUGAAAGCCUGCGACCAGGCGAAGCAACGAAGUGGGACGAGGAGCCUCUGACUGCCGAGGACACAGAUGCGUCGGAUCUAUCAGCAUCAAUCGUCGAUAACAAUCAAGACAUCGAAAUGAGCUCGGACGAUGACCAGUAUGAUGAGGAGACUGGCCUAACAGCUAGUCAGAAACGUCAACGCCGGCGCCGGCGCCGGCAACGCAAAAAGCUGGAUGCCCGUAUCGCAGAUGUCAAGUCGACUCGAUCGAUCUUUCACUUAGGUUUGGCAGAUCGCAAUGUCGCCAAGAGGCUUUCUGUCAAUGGCGGGCUGAUCCUCAUGUGGUAUUUUUUCUCUCUGUCCAUAUCGAUUUACAACAAAUGGAUGUUUUCCGAAAGCGACAUCGUUUUCCCUUUCCCUCUCUUCACAACUAGCUUGCACAUGCUUGUCCAAUUCACCUUCGCCGCUCUUUUACUAUGGAUAUUCCCGUCAUUACGCCCGCGCCACCCACCGCCGUCACCCUCGAGCUCGCCAGUGGUAGUCUCCGAAGCCAACGGGCCCGUCCUCACCAAGCUUUUCUACCUCACACGUCUCGUACCUUGCGGUGCUGCUACAUCCCUCGAUGUCGGACUUGGCAAUAUGUCCCUCAAGUUCAUCUCUCUUACCUUUCUCACAAUGUGCAAAUCCUCUGCCCUCGCUUUUGUCCUUCUCUUUGCGUUCCUAUUCCGCCUGGAAACGCCGUCUGUCAAGUUGAUCAUUAUCAUCGCCACAAUGACGAUCGGUGUGGUGAUGAUGGUUGCUGGAGAGACUGCUUUCAACGCACUUGGAUUUACGCUGGUCAUCGCAUCUGCCUUCUUCUCAGGUUUCCGAUGGGGUCUGACUCAGAUCCUCUUACUGCGGCAUCCCGCUACGUCGAACCCUUUUUCGACACUAUUUCUCCUUACACCAGUCAUGUUUCUUUCUUUGAUUUUCAUCGCCCUCGCUGUUGAGGGCCCUAACGAUAUUCACCAAGGAUUCCUGAAGCUCGCCGAAAAGCACGGCACCGGUGUCGGUGCUGGUUUGCUUAUUUUCCCCGGUGUUCUUGCUUUCUGCAUGAUUUCCUCCGAAUUCGCACUUUUGAAGCGCUCUUCUGUUGUCACUUUGAGUAUCUGCGGUAUUUUCAAGGAAGUCGUUACAAUUAGCGCUGCGGGUAUCAUUUUCCACGACAAACUCACUCCUGUCAACAUCACCGGUUUGGUCGUCACCAUCGGCAGCAUCGCUUGCUACAACUACAUGAAAAUCUCUCGCAUGCGCAGCGAAGCCGCGGAAUAUUCGAGUCGUGAGGGAACUCCUGAAUCUGACAGCGAGGACGAUGAACCUAGCGGCGGCGAGUUCGGUGAGUACAACCGAGUUGCCGGCCAAGAUUCAGACCUUGUCAGCCCCGUACCCGCUGAACAUCUCAACGACGACUUGCAUGUUUCUUCCGCGGGUGGCCAACGGCGAUCAUUCCGCGUCCGGGCCAACGGUGCCAGGCGCGGACUCAGCAUUUCCACCUCCACUAUUCCCGAAGACGAUGGGCCUUCUUCUCCUAUCAAGUCGGCCCCGCCGACAGUCACAUCGAUGGCGCAGGCCGGGGGUUUCCCACAUCUUGAUGCAUUUCAACGAGAAAAUUCUCCAGGUGUCCAAUCCACCGCUUUCAUGUCACCCGUCCGCCACCAAAUGCCGGGCCCUCACUAA